CAAAGAUUCCAAGUAACAUAAACAAAAAGGAUCACUCCACAGCCAAGCAACACAAACGCUUCUAGAUUUCCGAUACUCUUUCUCCACACGAUAAUCAAAAAAACGCCCACCGCCGGCAAGUUUCCGGCGGCUCAGAUGACCCAAACAGGUCCCCGGAGAAUCCAGAACUCCGGCCUGGAGGAAGAAUCGCAGGAACAAUCCCAAUCAUCUUCAACAGGUAUGCGACUCAUUGUUCCCUUGCAAGGAAUAGUUCAAGGUCGAGGUGGCUUAAUUUUAGGUUCAGUAAUUCCUUGUGCUAUGUUCUACUUCCUCCAAUUCUACCUCAAACGACGCCGUUCACCGCCGAACCCGCGGCAAGAGCAGACCUCGAACCCUCCGUCGCCGACUCCUUCGUCGUCUAAUCUACCGGAGCUGUCUAGGUCAGCUUCCCGCUCUAAUCUGUUGUCUCGUGGCUCAAUUGUUAGGCCUCAUGUGUCUGCUAGGGUUCAUUCUAUUGCGAAAUCGAACGCUUCUCCUUAUUACAUUGGGUUGGAUAGAGCUUCUGAAGAUCCUUACGACAGAGUGAAUAAUCCCAACGGUGUUAUUCAGCUCGGAUUGGCAGAAAACCGGCUGACACUUGAUUUGAUUGAAAAUUGGAUCACUGAGAAAUUGAACGAUUCUAUACUUGGAGCAGAAGGUUUGAGUGUUAGUGGCAUUGCUACCUACCAACCAUUUGAUGGAAUAAUGGAGUUAAAAGUGGCCAUGGCUGGAUUCAUGUCACAAGUUGUGGGAAAAACAGUGUCAUUUGAUCCAUCACAAAUUGUGUUAACUUCUGGUGCAACUGCUGCUAUUGAGAUACUUUGCUUUGCUUUAGCUGACCAAGGAAAUGCAUUUCUUAUACCUGCUCCAUACUACCCCGGAUUUGACAGAGACAUGAAAUGGAGAACAGGAGUAGACCUAAUACCUGUCCAUUGUAGAAGCUCAGAUAACUUCACUUUAACCAUUCCUGCACUCGAUCAAGCUUUCAAUCAAGCAAGAAAACGAGGUCAAAAAGUCAGAGGAAUCCUUUUAUCAAACCCAUCAAACCCAAUUGGAACCCUAAUGACCCGUGAAACCCUUUUCAAUCUCCUCGAUUUUGCCCGUGAAAAGAACAUCCAUAUCAUAUCAGACGAAUUAUUUGCAGCCUCAACUUUUGGAGAAGAUGAAUUCAUAAGCAUGGCAGAAGUUCUAGACUCACAAGAAGAUCCUGACAAAGAUCGGGUCCAUAUUGUAUACGGAUUAUCCAAAGAUUUAUCCCUACCCGGGUUUCGGGUUGGAGUUAUAUACUCAUAUAACGAAACCGUAUUAGCUGUUUCCAAAAAGAUGACAAGAUUCUCUCCAAUUUCAGCUCCUACACAACGGUUAGUAACUUCUAUGCUUUGUGAUUCGAAUUUUAUAAAAGAAUAUAUAAAAAAGAAUCUAGAAAGGUUAAGGGGUAUGUAUGAGUUGUUUGUUGGAGGUUUGAAGGAAUUAGGGAUUGAUUGUGUGAAAAGUAGUGGGGGGUUGUAUUGUUGGGUUGAUAUGAGUGGACUAAUUCGCCCUUAUAAUGAGAAAGGGGAAUUGGAUUUAUGGGAAAAGAUGUUGAAUUUAGGUAAGAUUAACCCUACCCCUGGUUCUUGUUGCCAUUGUAUUGAACCAGGGUGGUUUAGGUUUUGUUUUACUACUUUAGAGAAAGAAGAUGUUAGUGUAGUUAUGGAAAGGAUUCGUGGAGUUGUUGAAACUUGUAAAUAGUUUUCUUGAAUAUUGAUUGAAUGGAAUUGUGAUGUUAGUGUUUAAAGGAAAAGAUUGUUAGGUUUUUCGUUUUUGUGUAAUGUUAGUUGAUUUGAGGAGAAAGAUAGUGAUUUUUUAAAUGUAGGGAAUAGUAGCACAAGAUUAAUAUUUGAUUUUGUCCAUAUGGUUUCAUUUUGUGUAA